UUGGCACCCAGACGUGAGACGCCAGACCUAGAUUGCCCAUAUCUAUCAAUUCAAUUCACUAACAAACGAAUCAUCUCAUCUCUCUCUCUCCGCCCCUCUGUUCUCUCUCGAUUUCUAGGCCAAUUUAAAGGGUUUUUUUUUUUAGAUUUCAUCUCAGAACCAUCAGAGUUCUGUUAAUCUUUUGCUUUGUUUAUACAUAUAUUUAAGCAUGAGAACUCGAAAUACCGAAACGCCAAAAUCGACAACAACCCCGAGGAAGACACCACCGGCCAGGAAAGCUGCCGCCAAAACCCCUCCGGCCACAACCGAACCAGCGCCUGAAUCGUCGGUGACACCGAAGUCUGCUGAGACGAAGCGUGCCUCGGCCACCAGAGCGAAGCAAGUGAAGGUUAACGAGCCCAUCACACCCAGUCCCAGCACUGAAUCUAAGCCUGAACCUGCCGUUGAUGCAGUUCAACCGGAAAGAAAAGCAGCUUCAGGCACUAAAACAACUAGAAAGGUUGUAAAGAGAAUAGUUGUGAGAAAAAAAACCCCGGCUUCAGCUGGAGCUGCUUCUAAACAGGCUUCUAAAUCAGGGGAAUCUGGACAGGUAAAUGUUGAAGAAUCCACAAAUAAGAAAGAGGAAGAGAGUACAAAGGAUGCAGAAUCUACAAAGAAGGAAGAGCUGCUUCUUCUGAAUGUUGAAGAAUCCGCUAAAAAGGAAGAACAUGCUGUUGAAAAUGUUGAGGGAUCCACAAGGGAGGAUCUUAAUGUUGCAAAUUUUGAAGAACCUGCAGAGAAAGAAGAAGCAGCCAGUGAGUUGCCGCAGCCUUCACAUGGAAAUCUUGGAAAAUCCUUAGAACAGGAGGAUGCUGUUGCUAUGGAUGUGGUGAAAUCAUCAUAUGUGGUCAAAUCAUCAGAGAAUCAAGAACCCAGUUUGGGGAAGGGGGAGGUGACGGAAGAAGUGGAAGAGGAGACCAACAUUGUUGAGGAUAACAUGGAGCCCAAUGACGAGUCUAUUGAAAUGGAGGAAGAUGCUAAAAAUAAGUUGAAAGGAGAAGAUGCUCAACUAGAGGAGGAUUUGCAUGGUACCGAGAAAAUGGAGGAUGUGCACAUUGGUGAGACAAUGGAAGAAUAUAGUGAUGAAGAGGUUCAUGAAGAAUCUGGUGUGCAAGAGUUUGCGGAGGAUGAUGUGUUGGAGCAUGGUGAAGAACGUGAGACCCUGGACGAGGAGCAUGCACAAUUAAAUGCUGCUGCAAAAGAGCGUAAGAUUAAGAAGGAGUUAGAGAUAUUUGUGGGUGGGUUGGAUCGUGAUGCUGUGGAAGAAGAUGUUAAAAAGGUGUUCGAGAACGUUGGGGUGGUAGUUGAUGUACGACUGCACAAGGAUCCCUCAAGUAACAAGAAUAAGGGGUAUGCAUUUGUGAAGUUUGCAACCAAGGAGCAAGCCAGUCGUGCUUUGACAGAAAUGAAAAACCCUGUUAUAUGUGGGAAGCGUUGUGGGACUGCACCAAGUGAGGACAAUGACACACUGUUCUUGGGGAAUAUUUGCAAUACAUGGACAAAAGAAGCUAUAAAACAAAAACUGAAGGAUUAUGGCAUAGAAGGUGUUGAAAACAUUACGCUGGUUGCAGAUGCCCAGCAUGAAGGGUUGAGUCGUGGUUUUGCCUUCCUUGAAUUUCCUUGCCAUGCUGAUGCCAUGCUGGCAUAUAAGAGACUUCAAAAGCCUGACGUUGUUUUUGGCCAUCAUGAGAGAACUGCCAAAGUAGCUUUCGCUGAACCGCUGCGCGAGCCGGAUCCAGAGGUCAUGGCCCAGGUUAAGUCAGUAUUUGUUGAUGGGCUCCCUCCUCAUUGGGAUGAAGACCGUGUUAGAGAGAAAUUCAAAGAUUAUGGAGAGAUUGAGCGAAUUAUGCUGGCCAGGAACAUGUCGACUGCCAAGAGGAAGGAUUUUGGAUUUGUUGACUUCACUACUCAUGAGGCGGCUGUUGCUUGCAUUGAUGAAAUAAAUAACUUGGAGUUUGGUGAUGGAAACUUAAAGACUAAAGUGAAGGCACGACUUUCAAAUCCUUUACCUAAAAUCCAAGCUGUGAAAGGUGGAAUGUGCGGUGGGUUCCGUAUUGGUCAUGGCAGCAGUGGAAAUUUUCCAAAAUUUGGGAGAGGCUUUGGACGAGGUGGGCAGCCCUUCAACCGACCAAACUUUCAACGUGGAAGGGGUUUCUAUCAACGUGGGCGCAGCCAGGCUGGCAGAAUGGGUUUUGCCAAUGAACCGGAUCAUGAUAGCCCGUACCCUCCAUUUCAUGGAAGGCAAAACUUUGGACGAGGAAGGUGGGGGCCUUUCAGGGGUGCUCAUCAACCAUCUGGUGGAGGUGCUUUGCCUGCAAGAACUAACCUUGAUAGACACAGGCAUGUGGCCACUGAUAGAGGCCAUGGCGAUCCUGUUUCGUUUAGAAGACAACCUUUUCGUCCGGAAGAAGGAUUUAACAGACCUUACGGCGGAAGGCACUUUGAUGAGCCUUAUUUUUAUGAUGACGCUGCACAUGGGAUGAAGCGGCCAUAUUUUAUGACAGACCAGGAUCCGGAUUACACGGAGCCUAGCAGACUUCGCCCUCGGUUUGAUUAUUCUGAUCAAUCAGUUGCAUUCCGUGGAACUCGUUCUCGAGAAACUUUUGGAGCUGGCCCUAGUGUUUAUUCACAAGAUUACUAUGGCUCUGAUCAUGGUGGAGGCCCAUAUUCAUCCUUUUACGGUGGCGAUCGCCCUUAUGGGGGUGGCUAUUACUAUUAGGCUUGAAAACCAUCUGGUGGACUUAAGGAGGUAGGAUGCAUUCUGCUCGAUGAUGGAAUAUGGUCUUUUUGCACAAGAGGGAACCAGAAUUAGUUUCUUUAGUUCCUUCUUUCUUUAUCGUUUUCAGUUUGUUCUUAUUAUCAAGUCGUUCCUCCCUCUGUUGUGUUAUCUACCCUCUUUUGCUCCUAUGUUCUCUUUGUCAAAUUUUCAGACGUUACAAGUUUUAUGUGUCUAGUCUAGGUCGUGCCUCCUUAAGGACCUUAUUAUAAAUCCCAAUAUUACAUUGUAAGGUGGAUUUAUGGAUUGAUGCCAACUAUUUUGCUCUGGGUAGGAGCAAUUUGAGGACAUUGGAUAUGGGCUGUUGGUGGAAAUUGCAAAAGGAUGCCUUCCUCCUUUUGGUUAUAAUUAUUCUGGAUUAAGUGCAUGUUUGAUCCUUUAUUUUGAAGCUUAAAGGAUAGUUUUGGGUGUCUAUUUUUCUUCUGGAAGUGAAAAUUUUCAGAUCAAGGUUUUUCAUGUUAAUGAUGUAGAUGGUGGAAGUGGCAAAUUUUAAUGUGAGAAUGAGGCCUGUUGGGGUUACCUUCAGUUUUUGUAGAGAGAUAUAUAAGUUCCAAAAUUGCAACUUUAAGAGUGAGAUUCAUUUAAUGGUGAGAUCCUGAACUUGAAGACAUUUGAAGUGUUUGAUGGUCCCUUUUUGAUAUUUUUGUGGUCCUGUUUGAGUAAAUACAAGGGGCAGUGACGUUGGUGCUGACUUCAUUUGUAUUGCAGUCAAAUCAAUCAUGGUUUAGGAGCAAUUUUACUUUACCUAUUUGACCCAGGGAGUCCAACUUAGUUUUUUGUGAACAAUUUUUGUGGCCACUUGAGUAAAUUUUUGAGGAUUAUUGAUGUUAGUGUUGGCCUUACUCGUAAACAAAUAAAGUAAAUUAUAACUGAGGAGCUUCUCUGCCGAACACUCUUGCUGCAUACCAGUCUUCUCUAAUUGAGAUCAGGACUUAAAAGACAUUUUAUCUGUGACAGUUGCAUCAAGUAGGACAAAUGAUCUGCUUUUGUCAACUAUGUAUUACGGUAUCAUAGCCAAAUUUCACAUCUUUUCCCUUGGGAGAUUGUAUUGUCGGUAUGUAGUCUGUAGAAUUUCAUUGGGUUGACAUAGGAUAGUAAAGACAGUUUUGCUUUUGUUGGUUGAACAAUUUUCGAGGUUUGGCUGCAUUUAUUGUAGUUAUAGUGGUGGAUUAGCUAUAGAAUUAUGCUUCUUUGUCCAGCAAGUUGUCCUAGCUUCUGAAUUCCUGAUACCCCUCUUGAGCGAAGUUGGUCAAAUUUUUCCAGCUUUUGGUGAUGCUAAUUUUUCCAGCUUGUGGUGAUGCCAAUUUUUCCCUUCAUUUUAUAACUAUGUGAAAUAGGUGUUUGAUUUGCACAGUCGCUUUUUGGGUGGUUAGUGGAAGAUUUUGAUUUUUGAUCUUUGCGCCAUGAUGGUGUUAAUGCUUUGAAGCAACCUCUAUUUGGUUUGUAAGAGAGAAUGUUUUAACAUAUAUUAGUAUGACCACUUGUGAGGUGACAAUAACAGGAUUGGAUAUCAAAUAGAUAGGAUCUGGUGGCAUGCUGCUCAACCGUUUGAAAAGGAAAAAAGUUGCCCUUUACGAAAUUCUAAAACAUGUCAGAUUUGUGGGAAAUUAGACACAUGAAAGAAAAUAUCAAGUAGUUUUAUUUCAAAUAUAUGCUCUAUGACUGUUUUCUAAAAGGGAAACUGUAUUCAUGGGAACAAGACCUUUUGGGAAUCGUAUAUAUGAGAUACUCGUGGUUGUCUUACACAACGAAUUAUUUUAUUUUUGGUAUUGAUUAGAUGCCUGAUUAAAUUGUUGGUUCAUAGUCUGUCUGUGCAGUAUGUGAAGGUUAUUGUUGAAUAUUGCUUUUCUGGUAUUUAACCUAUUGUUAUCUAGGGCUCCUUUAGGACUCUCUUGCUCAAAAAUAAUUGUGAUCAUAAUUUUUUGUUGCAUAUUAUUUUUGAAAUUUGAGGCAAUCUGAGUGUCUAGGUUUUAUAUAGAAAACCCAGAAUGUGUAAUGCAGGAUAAUGGAGCUUCUGGAUUAGGGAUAAUAAUAGGUGAUUGAUAUCCUGAUGAUUCAUUGGAAUGGGGAACUAGAACCCUUUGAGGCGAUUCUCCAACAUUUAUGUCAUGAAGAAGCAGUUUUGGUGUAUGCUUGAUCUUAGAGAUCCCCAAGAGAUGCCAAAUAAACAAUGUGGCUAAGUGCAUCAACAUUUUUUGAUUAGCAUUUUGCCUUCAAGUUAUUUAGUAUGGUGCAGGGAUGCAGAAUAAACUUUUUUUCUCAAUAUUACAAAAUUGCUCAUGGGCAACAAUAAGAGAGGGCAACUCUUACUCAGGUGUCCUACAAGAAAACUAGAGGUAUUUUCCGAGGCAUUAUAAAUUUGCUGUGUGAUUGCUUAUGAAAGCUAUAUUCCCAUUACAUGUGCUUGUAAAAUAUUGGGUGAUACCACAUUUACAGGCUUAUUAUAUGAGUAAACCCUAUUAGAUUCACAGUUUUGAUGAAUAGCCACUAGAAUUUGGGUUUUUUUUUUAAAAUAUGGAUCUCACAAGUACAUAGUUACACGUUUUAUUAUUUUUUUCCUAUUGUCAUGCUUGAUGAAUUGAAAGGACGAUACUCUUGGCUGUUGUAGGAAUAUUGUUUGGUUUUGUUUUCUUGGGGUGACUUAUUCUAUGCUCUUGAAUUUCUCACUUUAGUUUUUAUACACUCCUUUCCGCCUCUCUCUUGUGUACGGACAUAAUUCCAUAGGUUGCAUUUUUGGGAUUUUUCGAGAUGAUUCUUAGAAGUUUGUAGUUGUAGGGUACUGUAUCCGAGAAGAUAGUUUAUUGGCCAUAGUUGGAACAUUUGUUGCCUAUAUCUGUAUCCCUCUCUCUCUUUACACAUUUCAUUUUUGUAUUUUUGACUUCCCAGUUUGGAUGAAGGAUUGUUGUAAAGUAGACUUGACAAUUUUUGUAUCUAAUUCUAUUAUUAUUUCAUAUCUCUGAGCAUAAGGUGUCAUCAGGUCGUCCCAGAUUGUUUAAAUUCAAGCAUAUGAUUUGCUGUAGUAUUUGGAUAUGACAUGACCGCAUCUUGUUUUGAUGCUGCUGCUAAAUUUGAGCCUGUGGCUUUUAUGUUUAUUGUACAAAAUCAUGAUUCUCAUUGGUAUUGGUUAUACUUUGGUUUAGUUGGUGCUACUGAUUGUU